AAUAAUAAUGAAAUGAAAGUUUGAAUCUUGAUGAUCGUUUCCUUUAGCACAUGUAGUUGUAUAUUCUACUCCGUCUAUAUAUAUAUAUUUGCAGAGAUUAGUGGAGUUAGAUCUAAUCUGGGAUUGGGAUUGAAGAGAAAGUGUAGCCAUCACCACCAUUCUGAAAGUUUUCAUUUGACCUGCUGAAAGUCUACUCUUCACCUACCGAACCACCAUUGUCGUCUUCAAGAAGUGUGGGUUUGCCCGUGUUGUCCUGUUUUUUGUGGUGUAGUCUAACUAUUGGCUUAAAUUAGCUAUAAAGUUGCAAACUUUUGGCCCUUCCAAACAAGGGAUUCACAGGACUUGCUUCCAGUGGGUAAGUCAUACAGAAUUCGGAAGGCGGUUUCAACAUUCGCACGGUUUUCGAAAGCAAAUCGCCAUAAUGUUCAGGCAGUCGCCACGUAGAAACCAGAGGAACAAGGGAUUCAAGGUGAAGCAUGCUCUUCAAGUAUGCGUACUGGUAGGCGUUUGCAUUUGGCUGCUGUACCAAAUCCAGCAGUCCCGCGAUGCAAAACCAUCGUAUGGAGGAAGCACGAGCGUUUCAGAGAAGGUAGAGAGCGGGAGUGAUCUCAGGUUGGGUAGGAAGGACCUGCAGCCUCGUAUCGAGGAAGUAACUACUGAAGAUUCAGGCGGGAACGUGGAGCAAGAUGAAGAGGAAGGCAAGAGCUUUGAUGAUGAGAACAAACCUGCAGAGGUUGAAGAAAAUGAGCAUAGAGAUAAUGAGUCAGAGAAAGAGAGUGAAGAAAGGGAUGUUUCAGAAGUGAAAAGAGGAGAAAAUGCAGAAAACACAGAAGGUGGUGAAGAUGAAAGCACUGAAAAGAAGAAUGAAUCCAAGGAAACCGGGGAGGAAGACAGCCGAAAGGAAAACAAAGAGCAAAAUGGAAACGAGGGCGAAGAAAAUAAUGAAGUAGGUGAAGAGAAAGAAAGGGACGAUGAGGGUGUCAAAGAAAACAAGGAGAAGACUGAGAAUGGAAGUGACAGCGAAAAAGGGAAUGAAACAGAAGCGAGCGAAAAUGAUGGUGAACAGAAGGAAGUUAAAUUAGAGGAAAAUGGUGAUGGCAACGAAAAGCAAGAGGAGAGCAAAGAGAAUGGAGGCGAGGAAAAAAUUGAAAAUGCAGGUGAAAAGAAGGAAGAAAAGGUAGAGGAAAAUGGUGAUAGCAAAGAGAAUGGAAGCGAGGAAAAAACUGAAAACGCAGGUGAAAAGAAAGAAGAAAGGGUAGAGGAAAAUGGUGAUAGCAAAGAGAAUGGAAGCGAGGAAAAGAUUGAAAACGCAGGGGAAAAGAAGGAAGAAAAGGUAGAGGAAAAUGGUGAUAGCAAAGAGAAUGGAAGCGAGGAAAAAAUUGAAAAUGCAGGUGAAAAGAAGGAAGAUAAGGUAGAAGAAAAUGGAGAUAGCAAAGAGAAUGGAAACGAGGAAAAAAUUGAAAAUGCAGGUGAAAAGAAGGAAGAUAAGGUAGAAGAAAAUGGUGAUAGCAAAGAGAAUGGAAACGAGGAAAAAAUUGAAAAUGCAGGUGAAAAGAAGGAAGAUAAGGUAGAAGAAAAUGGAGAUAGCAAAGAGAAUGGAAACGAGGAAAAAAUUGAAAAUGGAGGUGAAAAGAAGGAAGAAAAGGUAGAGGAAAAUGGUGAUAGCAAAGAGAAUGGAAGCGAGGAAAAAAUUGAAAACUCAGGUGAAAAGAAGGAAGAAAAGGUAGAGGAAAAAAUUGAAAACGCAGGUGAAAAGAAGGAAGAAAAGGUAGAGGAAAACGGCAAUAGCAAAGAGAAUGAAAGUGAGGUAAAAAUUGAAAAUGGAGGUGAAAAGAAGGCAGAAAAGGUAGAGGAAAACGGUGAUAGCAAAGAGAAUGGAAGCGAGGAAACAAGUAAAAAUGGAGGUGAAGAGAAGGAAGAAGCUAGGGUAGAGGGAAAUAGUGAAAGCAAGGAAGAAAAUAAGGAGAGCAAUGAGAAUAAAAGUGAAAAUGCAGGUGAAAAUAAGGAAGUUCAGGUAGAUGAAAAUAACAAGAGCAAAGAGAAUGGAGGUGAAGAGAAGGAUGCCAAGGUAGAGGAAAACAGUGAAAACAAAGAACAAAUGGGGGAGAGCAAAGAGAAUAAAAGUGAGGAAAAACCUGAAAAUGGAGGUCAAAAUAAGGAAGUUCAGGCAGUGGAAAACAAUGAGACAAAAGAUGAGACCAACAAAGAAAGUCCAGCCCAGAAUGAGGUUCAAGAAAAUCAUAGUGUUAAUGAAGUUGCAGGCGGAGAAAAUCAACUGCCGAAUUCAGCAUCAAAUCAAGGCGCGGGCAAUGAACAGCAGCAAGAACAAAACUCUAUCCCCGGUUCUACACAAACUGGCCAAACUGCUGGUACUAGUGGAGAUGGUGCAAAUGUUGUCCAAGAAGAACAAGGUGAGAAAAAGGAUGUUUCCAACACUGGGGAUUCGGGUUCAAACUCAACUCCAUCAACCAAUGGCGGGGAAUCAAAUUCAGAAUCUACAUCUGGUGGACAAAAUGGCAACUCGGGUUCAGCUGGCACAACAGAGAAUGGUUCUAACAAUUCACCCGUAGAUCAGAAUACCAACCCCAAUUCUGAAUCUAAAGCAGCAAUUAACCCCUCAAAUGACAAUGACAAAAUACAAAAUCCUGGUGAAAAUAAAUCGACGGACUCUUCAAGCUCAAAUGGGAAUACAGAUAACGCCCAGCAUAACCAAGCUUAACUGUUCCACUUCAAUUCCCCAGGAAGAAGGAUGACGCUGGUUCAGAUUUGGGAAUUUUGCCACGCUCAGCAACUGAAGAAAAUAGCCAUACAGAUGCUUCUGCAAAGUUAUAGAUUGUGUUUUUUUAAAGGUUUUAGGCAUGUAACAUUAAAGUUCCAUUUGGUUUUGUUUUCUUUUCCACAUGUUAUCAAAUGGUAAAGGGCUUUUGAAAAUUGCAGUUUCUUCUUGCUACUUUUUA